AUGUGACAUCGGCCGUAUUCUUGCGGCGAUAAAUCGUCAACGGUGGGGGGUGGGGCUCAACGUGAGGAGAUUGUUUUGUUUCUCGGACAGAAAAAACAACAUGAAUGUAUUCUCUCAUGAAUGGCUUCGACGAUUUUUCUUAAAGGACCUCAUAGAUCUCGCUGGGGUCCUUUGAAUGUAAUUAUAAUGGGUUUUGAGCGAGAAAAAAAAAAAUAAUAAAUAGUUGGAGACACACACACACACACAUACACACACACACACACACACACACACACAUUGAAAUGUUUUCGGUCGAUAAUUGUCUCCUUCACAAUGCACUUCUCGAAUGCUGACGCUGACUGCACAUGACAUUUUUAUUAUUAAGUCGAUUACUAUUAAUAUACGGCUAGAAUAAUAAUUGGCAUCGUCUAUGAAUUACGCAAACUGAUUUGUAAUAUAUUUUACAAUCGAGACCGAAAUUGUCGCGCGAAUGCGACGGAAAUAGAGAUGGUGGAGGAUAUGGACAGCUUGGACGACAAGCUGUUCAAUAAUGCAUUUAGGAGAAAUCCAUCCGCUGAAAAUGGCAAAAAAAGAAUUACAUUUGCAGAUGAAGACGAUCCACUAGCUAGUUUGUUAGCUGACAAGGAAGAUUUGCCGUCGAUCCAAAAGAAUCCAAUAGCAGUAAGGGAUAAGCGAAGUAUAAUAGACGAUUUGUUCAGUAAAAAGAUCUCCAAUGAAUCAUUGUUGAGUUCAAAGUCAGAUGAAAAAGAGACUGGCUUGACAUCUGCAUUAAACGCUACAGGAAUUGAGAAGCCAAAAGCAUUGGAUGAUAAGGCAAAAAAAUUAUCAUUGAUGCAAGAUUUGUUUGGAGAUACGUCGCACACAUCACCACUAAAAGAAUCAGUUAGUAAAAAGUCCAUACAACUAGAGCUAGAAGUUACACAGCACGCAGCCGAAGUUUCCAGAACACAGUCGCAGCAUUCGACGUACGCACCAACAGCUUUUGGAACGAGAGAGCCUCGUAGAGGCAAAAGAACUUCAGAGAUAAUCAAUGAUCCUCUGGGAUUAUUCUCUUUGGGCACAACAUCAAAUCAAACUGAUCAAACUACUAUGGAGAGACGUACAGUAUCUGCAGAUCCUAGUAGACAGAAAUUGGAAACUAAAGAAUAUUUACCAGAUUGGUUGGAACCUAAGAAAACGCCAGAAGAUAAAACUAGUGAUCAUGUUCAGGAAAGAGUAACGCCUACAGAAGAAUUAUUUAGCAAACAUAGAUCUAGCUCUGAUAAAAUUAUUCAAGGGGUAGCAAACGUAUCACAAGAGGAUAAGACAAUGGUAGCUAGACCACUGCCACAUGAGAAAGAAAGAUUGUCACAAUUCUCAGACAAUCAAGGAAUAGAAAUUAAUGAACAUAAGACACAGGAAAUUGAAGAAAAUUAUUCUAAAUCCAACAUAAUGGCCGUUCCAAUUGCUUCUGACGUAAAUACAAAUUCGGAAGAUGCGCGCAGUAACUUAAUUCCCAAAAGCAUAGGCUACGAAAAUGCAAUUCAUAAAUUAGAAUUAGAAAAAUCUCACUUGUCAGUAAUGUUACAUAGUUUAAAUGAAAAAUAUGAAAAUGAAAUAAUGAUUUUAGAUGAAUCAUAUAAGCGACAAAUAGGAUUUUUGCAAGAAAGAACAGAUACAUUGGAAAAGAGAAUGCAGCAAGAACUUGAAUGUUUAGAGGCAGAUUAUGAAGCAAAGAUUGAAAAGCUGAAAAAUGAAAAAGUACAAAUUGAGACAUUUUACAAAGAAGAAGUACAGAAUUUAAAGAAAGAGCAUACACAAUCGAUAGAAGAAAUUUAUGAACGCCAUUCUCAAAAUAUAAGACUGCUACAGAAAGAGCAUUUUGAUACCAUAGAAAACAUAUUAAAAAUGAGAGAGAUAGAAAAUUUAGCUAUGACGACCAUAGCAACCCACAAGACUGAUCUGCAGAAUUUGUUACAAAAAACUGAUUUUAUUAUAGAGAAUAUAAAAAAUAUGCAAGAAAAGACUGAUCAAAGGGACGACCAAAGUGUAAAAUUAAGAGAGUAUUAUUUAAAGAGUCAGGAGGAAGAUGUGCAAAUACAAAAUGUGGAAAUAAAGAAGCAACAAAAAUCGCUGGAACAAGAACGUGAAAAAAUAAUGAAAGUAGCGGACAGAUUAGAUUCGCAUGUCACACAAUUGAUGCUUGAGUUAGAGAAAAAGAGUGUCGUCCUUAAUCAGGCAUUGGAAACGUUACAAAAAAGGGAGCAAUCGUUAUUGCACGAAAAAGAAUUGUUUGAAGAAAAAGUGCAAUGGGAGCGUAAUCAUUUACAGGCUUUGAAAGAAUCUUGGUUUAAUGAACAAGAGAAUCAACUGAAGACUUUAACAAAAGAGAAAGAAACAAUCGCGGCUAAAAAGAAGCAAUAUGAAGUUUUAAGGACAAUAAAAAGUAAUUCGGAUAAUAUUAUAAAGAUAGAGUCAGUAGCUGCUAUAAAAGCAGCACAAGAGGCUACUAUACUUGCGAAUCAGGAACGACUGAAAUGGCAAGAAAAAAUUAAACAUCUCGAGAUGCAGCAGCAGGCCUUGCAGGAAAAGGAAUAUCGGCUCUUAGCACGUGCCCAAGAUCUCGAAAGUUUUACACAAAUAGCAUUCGCGAAAAAUGAGGAAGCUGUUAAAGCAUUAAGAGAUGUUCAUCACAUUGAAAAUGAGCAUAAAGCUAAAUUCGAUCAUCAUUAUGGCAAAUUUGGAAAGAUCAAUUUGGCAAGUGAAAAAUUGACUUUGGAGAAAGUGAAAAAAAGUACAAAUACCCCAUAUAAUUACAUAGAUAAGCAAACAUUAUCUAAUCAGCAACACGAGUUUCAAGUUACUACUCACUUUACAGAAGUCGUUGACCCCCAAUUAGUUAUGUUGAAGUUGAAUCUAGAUGAUCAAUUGGAUAACAUUCAAUAUACAUGACUGCCAUGAAAUUUUGAUACAACAUUCAACAAAUACAUAUUAUAUACUUUUUGCAUGAAAACUUAAUUUAAUAUUUUAUAUAUUCUAAAUAACAGACAAUAAAUGUUUAUGAUGUGAUAGUUGAUAUGCUAUCUGUUGACUCUCCA